AUGGAUUUGGAUCCUGAAGAGGCUGUUUCUGGGUUUUUAAGAGAUGAGGAAGAAGCUUGUGGUCCUGAAUCAGAAGGAACUCUGUCUUUACAUGCGUUUUCAGAUUUAACCCAUGUUUCUCCGAUUGUGUUCUUAUAUCUUCUCAAAGAAUGCUAUAUUCAUGGAAGCAUCAAGGCAACAAAGAAGUUCCAAGCUUUGCAGCAUCGAGUUCAUCAAGUUCUAGCCAAUAAACCUCAACCAGGUCCUGCAACUUUCAUUGUUCAGUGCCUAAAUGUGCUCCCUGUGUUUGGCACAUACGGUGAGGGCUUUAGUCACUUGGUGAUAUCUUCUCUUCGCCGCUACUUCAAGACAGCGUCUGAGCAGACGAGUGAAGAAGAUGUUUCUUCAGCGAGAAGACUAGCUGCGAGACUCUUCGUUGCCAUUGUUGGAGGAUCUGUGGCUUAUGAUGAGAAAGCCUAUAAUGUCAUAAAGAAGAACUAUCUCCAGCAUGAUUUUCCUGAGUUGUCUUACAAGUGUAAAGAAAGUGCACUGAAGGAUCUAGCAGAGAAAGCAUGUUGGGAUGUUGCUGAAAUAAAGGCGAAAGGUGAGAGAAAGCUGCUCGAGUAUCUGGUAUACUUGGCAAUGGAAGCUGGGUACUAUGAGAAAGUUGAUGAACUGUGUGAACGAUAUUCACUUGAAGGUCUGCCAAAAGCACAAGAGGCUGAGGCUGGUUUGGUUGACAAAUGCUUUCUGCAACUGAACGAUCUAGCUGUGGAAGAUGUAGUUUGGGUUGAUGAAGUGAAUGGGUUAAGAGAAGCAACUUCUUUUCUUAAAGGAUGUAAAGUUAUUGGUCUUGACUGUGAAUGGAAACCGAACUAUACGAAAGGAAGUAAACCAAACAAGGUUUCAAUUAUGCAAAUCGGAUCUGAUAGCAAAAUCUUCAUAUUGGACUUGAUAAAGCUUUACAAUGACGCCUCUCAAACUCUGGAUAGAUGCCUUGGUCAGAUUUUGCAAUCGUAUAAAACAUUAAAGCUCGGUUACAACUUUCAAUGUGACAUCAAGCAACUGGCGCUUUCGUAUGGUGAUCUUGAGUGUUUCAAGCGGUAUGACAUGUUGCUAGACAUUCAGAAUGUUUUCAAAGAAACAUGUGGUGGCUUAUCAGGACUAACAAAGAAAAUAUUGGGAGUGGGUUUGAACAAAACAAGGCGCAAUAGCGAUUGGGAACAAAGACCUUUGACACAGAAUCAGCUAGAGUAUGCUGCUCUUGAUGCUGCAGUGCUGGUUCACAUAUUACGCCAUGUUCCCGAUGAUCCUCCUCAUGACAGUAGUUUAGAGAGAGUCCAGUGGAAAUCUCACAUUGUCUCUCACAUGGAGAACCCGAAGAAGUCGAAGAACAAGCCUAAGAAGAAGCCUAAGUGCGAUGCUACGCAAACCUCAGCUUCUGAUAUUUAA